GUUACAGCGCCUCGGUCCCCUUUGACUCUCUUCUCUGCGGCCCUCCCUUUGGCGCUGAUUGCGCCAUUGCACUUGUAUGUCUUGAACCGCUCCUAUGGCAGGCAUUCAUUGGUCAUCAUGUCCCCGAGCAUGGGCGCAUCUGCUCUGCUUUUCAAUGUCCUGACGGGCUACCUGCUCUUUGGUGAG